AUGUUCCAAAUGUCCAUGCUUCAUACCGCUGUUAGAGAAAGUCCCGUCUCAAUUGCAUUCCGCCGGCGAAAAUCUCGUUUGCAGACGCCGCCAUGGACGCCGCGACCAUACGUUGCGGUGGGAGCUCCAAGGCUAAGCUCCCACAGCGCAUUCAAAGCUGAAGGUCUACAUGCAACUAAAGAGGUCCAGGAGCGGAUGCAGGAGCUGCAGUGUUCCACUAUACCGCUCUACCCACGGUUUCAACAUACUCCUCAAGCGCGAAGCUUCCUGUCGCUGGAAGAGCAAGUGAACCACAAUGCCGACAAAAAUGAUCUUACGACGCAAAGAGUUCUGACGAAAUUACCAGUGUCGGGAAGGAUCUCUUCCAUCCGGCUGAGCGGCUCGAAGUUGGCAUUCGUCGAUAUCAUCGAGGAUCAGAUGAAGCUACAGGUCAUGCUGUCUCACUCGGCAUUCGCAGAUUCCGGAGUAACCAUAGCCGACUUCAAGCACUUUUGCCGGCUGCUCAGGAGAGGCGACUAUAUUUCAUUGAAGGGAUUUCGACCAUACAAGGCCAAGAAUGGUCAACUAUCCAUUCAGGCGUCGACCUUGCCUGUUAUUCUGUCCCCUUGCCUCCAACGGUUCCCUGUCGAGCAUCGAGGUUCUGCAACAACCGAAUUUGUGGAGUCCAACUACCAACCUCGACAUGUCGAAAUGCAGACAGAUCCCCAAAUCAUAGAGACGUUCAAGGCCCGUUCUGCACUCAUCCGAGCAAUGCGACAAUUCUUCGAAUCACGCUCCUUUAUUGAAGUGAGCACUCCCAUCUUAUCCACCGCGGCGGGCGGUGCAACUGCCAAAGCUUUCGAGACCAAGGCAACAGAAUUUCCUCAUCGGAAACUCAGCCUACGUAUUGCACCCGAACUCUGGCUGAAAAGGCUCAUUGUCGGUGGCAUGGACAAGAUUUUUGAGAUUGGACCUUCUUUUCGGAAUGAAGGCCUCGACAAAACGCACAAUCCCGAGUUCACGACUUGCGAGUUCUAUGCCGUUCGGCACGAUCUGCGCCAACUGAUGGACAUGACGAAGCAGCUCAUCACGGACAUUGCGAUGGCCAUCAAAGCCCUACCUGACCGAUACACGAACGCACCGUCAUAUCUUCUCGAUUCUGUUCAAGGUUCUUACGAGGAAAUUGACUUCAUCCCGUCUCUCAACUCUGCGUUGGGAAUCAAUCUUACCAAUCUCUCCUCAUCCUCCGCCCACUCCCAGCUCCUCGAAAUUUUUCUUUCGCACAACCUACCUCUCCCCGGCAAUCCCACCACUCCCCGGCUCGUGGACAAGCUCUCUUCGCUUUACCUGGAACCACAAUCUUCCCAGAAACCGGUCUGGAUCACAAACAUCCCCGAGUGCCUGUCCCCCUUGGCAAAGUCAUACAUUCAUCCCACCGCACCCAAUGAUCAACCAGUUGCUGCACGUGCAGAGUUGUUCAUUGCAGGGAAGGAGGUCGUGAACUGUUACGAGGAGGAAAAUUCACCAUUCGAGCAAAGGCGAAAGUUCUUGGAACAACAGAAGUAUGCCAAUGUUAACCCCAGCGCGAGGCCCAACUCAAAUUAUAACGGCACGAAGACUGAUCAGGCUGACGCGGAAGAGGACGAAGAGGUGAUGAAAGUCGACGAAGACUAUCUACAUGCACUGGAAUGGGGACUUCCACCCACGGGUGGAUGGGGGUGUGGAAUUGAUAGGUUGGUCAUGCUUUUCACGGGGAAAGAGAGGAUUGGGGAUGUGCUCAGUUUCGGCAACUUAAGGGCGGUCACAAGAGGUGCGGAAGGACAAAGCCACGCAGCAGAUAGAGCAGGCAAGUCGAGCAGAUAA